UCUAUUAAAUAUCUUUGCUGCAUUUUUUUCAAACUAAUGUACUAAAGGUCACUAAAUGUCAGAGUAGAUAACUUCAUCCAGCACUGAACUUUAGUAAAAUAUAUAUACUGGUUGUCGUUAUAAAAAUUGUCCAUUAAGCUCUCAUGUACAUAGUGGCAUUCCCACUCUUAAGUCCACUAAUGUAACUUAGUUUUUUCUCAGUAUAUAAAUUGCUCUAUGUAUCUCAACACAAGUCACAAGAAUCAGAAUUGCUUAAAGCUUUUAGUACUUGAAAGUUAUGGCAAGUCGUAAUUUGUGCCCCUGCCUUACUGUUUUCUUCUGUGUGAUCAGUAUUCUGUCUCCCUUAACUGCUGGUCAGCUUGAUUACAGUUACUAUGAGAGAGCAUGCCCCAGCUUGCCUAGGAUCGUUCGUUGGAAUCUUUGGGCUGCUCUCCGUAAUGACUCCAGAAUAGCUGCAUCCCUCCUUCGUUUGCACUUCCACGACUGUUUUGUAAAUGGUUGUGAUGGAUCCGUGCUUCUUGAUGACACAAAUGAUUUCAAGGGUGAGAAGAAUGCUGCACCAAACCGCAAUUCAGUCCGAGGAUUUGAGACAAUCGAUAUCAUAAAAGCAGACCUUGAAAGAGCUUGCCCAUCAACUGUAUCUUGUGUGGAUAUAUUAACUCUGGUAGCUAGGGAAGUGGUUGUCAUGUCUGGAGGACCAUUUUGGCCAGUUUUACUUGGUCGACGAGAUGGACUAACUGCAAGUGAGAAAGCAGCAAAUGAACAAUUACCUUCACCCUUUGAGCCUCUGGAUAAAAUUGAGGCCAAAUUUACUGAUAAGGGUCUUGAUCUAAGGGAUGUCGUAGUUCUUUCAGGAGCGCACACAAUUGGUUUUGCUCAAUGUUUCACAUUCAAGAGGAGACUUUUCAACUUUCAAAACUCAGGAAAGCCAGAUCCAAAUCUUGAUUCUUCAAUGUUGUCAAAUUUGCAAAGCACUUGUCCUGACACAGAUGGAUCCAACAGCAAGAUUGCUCCUCUGGACAUUCAAUCCGUUACGAGAUUCGACAAUGCAUAUUACAUAAACCUUAUGAACAACUCAGGACUUCUUGAAUCUGAUCAAGCUCUAAUGUCAAAUUCUCAGACAGCUGAUAUGGUUAAAUCCUACAGCUUGUACCCUUAUCUUUUCUACAAAGACUUUGCUGCAUCAAUGGUAAAAUUAGGAAAUGUCGGUGUCCUUACUGGACAAACUGGACAAAUUAGGAAAGUAUGUAGCUCUGUAAGUAGUAACUAACAAAGUGCUUAUGUCAAGCAUGUUUAUUUUAUCAAGUGUGUUUGCUUCAGUUCUGUAUGUAUGUUUAUACUAAUAAUUUAACUAGAUAUCAGUUGAUGUCGUCCAAGUA